AUGGAGACAUCACCUCGUCCAAACAGUCCACCACCACCGCACCCUGGAACGCCACUGUCCCGAAGACCUGGCUAUGUCGUUGCCCUACUCACUCUAACUUCGUUCCUUGUCGAAAUGGGCCUUACCCUCAACGAGGUCCCCUCCGUCUCCGUCGUCACGGCGCUCAUAUGCAGCCGCUAUUACAACUACGAGGUACCUGCCGAACAGCUCACCGAACAAGAAUGUACGCAAAACACACAGGUCGUGGAAGAGGUCAACCGCUUCCUCAUGAUAAACACCAUAAUAAGCUCCAUACUCACACUUCUGGUGGCACUAGCCUUCGCCGCCGCCGCUGAUGUAUAUGGCCGCAAGCGAAUCUUCAGCUUCUGCAUCCUCGGUAUGCUCCUGAGCAACGCCCUGAGCGUCCUGUUCGCGCGCCUCGUGCCGAGUGUAUCGGUUGAGUCCAUCUGGUGGGCAAACGUCGCGGUGCUUCUGGGAGGAGGUUUCAGAGUAGCAGAGGCGCUCGUCUUCACCAUGAUAACAGAUGUAGCAGACGAACGGUGGAGAACGACCUGGUUCCAAAUCGCAAUAUGCGGCAUCUUGCUGGCAGAGAUCCUGGGUUCGCUCCUGAGUGGAUUUCUACUCGGCGAGUCACUAUGGCUGCCCAUGUAUCUCGGACUCGUCUUCCUCGCCGCCGGCCAAACUCUCGCAUUCUUCAUACCCGAGACUCUACACAUGCGACACCUAGAACAGCACAGGCAACACUCACCACUUGCCACACCCCCAACGAGCUUGUCCACGCACAUCAGGUCCAUCUGGCACUCCAUCAAAACAGCCAUCCCAUCGCUCCCCCACAGCGGCAUCCUCCCCCUCCUACCCGCCGCAUCCCUCGUCAUCCCCCUAGGCACAACCGCCAUGUUCACCAUGAUCCAAGCGCUCCCGACGCGCUACGCCACCACCUUCGCGCAAUCCAGCCAGUACGAAGCCCUCCGCGGCGGCACCAACCUCGCCGUCCUCCUCAUCAUCCUGCCCCUGCUCUCCUACCACCUGCGCCACCACCCCAUCCUCCGGCGCGACGCCCUCCUCAACCUCGGCUCCUCCCUCUUCUUGGUGGCGGGCAUGCUCGUCAUCGCCGCGGCGCCGAACCUGGCCGCCGCCCUCGUCGGCCUCGUGCUCUUCUCGCUGGGCGCCGGCGUCCCGGCGCUCGUGCGCUCCAUCAUCGCCCAGGUCGUCGAUCGCGCGCACUGGGGCGCGCUCUUUGGUGUCUUGGCUGUGCUGGAGCAGCUGGGCGGGCUGGUAUUCUCGCUGGUCAUGGCGGCGUUGCUGCAGAGGGGGCUGGCGGAGGGAGGGGGCGGAGGUUCGUUGGGCUAUCCGUUUUGGUUCGCUUUUGCUGUGUUGGUGAUUGUGUGUGCUUGUUCUUGGUUUGCGCGUCCGAGGGCGCCGGCGGGGAUGAUGGGGGAGGAGGAUGCGGUGGAGUUGACGCGGGCGCGAGGGCCGGGCGGUGGUGUGGAGAGAGGUGCUGAUGGUGUUGACUCGGCGGCUUCGAGAGAGUAG